AUGGCCCACUCGUCACGGCCCGAAGGGCAUCUCAAUCUCAACUACCUUCCCUCCUCUCAACCACGAUCCGGCACAUCCACUGGCAGCUCGUCACCCAGCGAGCUACAGCAGGCUGGACCGACAAAGUCGCCCUUUGGUGGCUCAAACGGGUUGACCGGCUCAUCGCAGUCGAUUGGGGGUUCGAGAAUGGGGGCAGGUUCCCCUUCUCAUGAUCUUGGCAACCGUCUCUAUCCAAAACGUGCUCGGGAAAUACAAGCCCAGGAAGGAGUAACUCCACAUCUCUGGGGGGGACCACCCACCAGUGGUAAUUCCACUCCUCUUCGCGAAAAUAUUCCCGAGUCACCGAACCAAGACGAAUUCCCAGGUCUAGUGCCAUCAUCUGAAACCAUAGCGUACAAUCCUGGUCGACGAACUCGUGCGGGAACCGUGCCAUCACGCUUCUCUCCCGUCGGACCGCUCAACGGACUCAACGUCCAAUCUUCCGUCAUCUCAAAAACGUCCAGACCUACCCCAUCAACCAGCCCAUUCCGUCCGCAGAAUACGACGGGGGUAGACUCCUCGAUGGUGUCCGCUCCAGGAACCGAGUCGAACACAGUUUUGCUGUCUCGUCUCCGAGCUGGCUCGAUGCCACAGCGACCCAAUCUCCUAAAUAACGCAAGUCCAUUCGGUCCAUCAGUUUUCUCGACCAACUGGGCAUCCGGACGCGAGCGUGCUACCACACUGGCUAGCAUACGAUCCUCCGAGGGGCCCUCGUCGCCUACGCAAUCCUCCUUCUCUAAGGACGGCCUUGCAGACGCCGAUGUGAGGACUCUGGACUAUCUGGGGUUGGCAGAGACACCCCAGCAGUCUCGUGCCAGCCUUGCAGGGCCGUCGGUUGCCAUGCUCAUGCAACAGCAGCAGCAACAACAGCAACAGCAGUCGUCCUCCCUACCACCUCUCCUUGCCGAACUAGCCAUGCUCAAUCGAGGCUCAAACCGCUUCCGAUCAUACUCUGUCAACGCAAAGGAGAAAUAUGCCGAGGAGGAUGAAGAGUUUGGUGCACAUUACUCUGGCAUCCCCUCGGGUACUCUGACCCCAUCUGCUGCUGCCACCGCUGCCCAACUUGCCGCCACCCAAGCGCAGAUCCACCAACACAACCUCGCCGUCCAAGCCUUCGCAAAUCACGCAUCCUCUAACCGUCCCCGAGCCCGUACCGCUGGCGUCCUAGACGCUCCACUCCAGCGCUCUUCGAUCCGAAACUACCUUGCAAGCCCAUCUAGGCUCGAGAACAGCAUAAAUGCAGCUGAUGUUCGCAUCACGGAAGGGUCCGAAUAUGAUGGUCUACCAGAGGCUGUCCAGCGGAUGCAGUUGGGAGGCAUGGGAGGGCUACGAUCUCAGGAGCCGGUGGAUGAAAAUAACCUGGAGGGCCCAACCCGAGCAUUAUGGAUUGGAAGCAUUCCAGUCUCCACCACCGUCACAUCGUUGGAUGCCAUAUUCAAUGUAUACGGUAAAAUCGAGUCGACUCGCGUCUUGACCCAUAAGAACUGCGGGUUUGUCAACUUUGAGCGUGUCGAGAGUGCUACUCAGGCCAAAUCUCUACUAAACGGUAAAGAGAUCUUCCCAGGAGCUGGCCCAGUUCGUAUCGGCUACGCAAAGGUACCAGCUACUCCGGUCUCGGAAACUCCUGGACAACCUGGCAGCCAGCACUCCCCGACACCAGAUGCGAAUGCUGGGGCUGUUGGAUCUGCAGCUCGAGAUGGCAGUCGAACUACCGGCCAAGAUGGCGAUGCUUCUAUUUCAUCUACCAUUCCCGAUCUGAAAGAAGUCCAGCCGGAGAUGAGCAAGAUCGUGGCUGAAUUCGGCUCCUCGGAAACUGAAUGCCGAAAUAUCACCCUGAGCAUCCAACGAGCAAUCAAUUUUACAGCAUUCGAAGACGAAAUCCGCCCUGUUCCCGAACCCAGUCAGUCCCGUGUCUUCGAUGCCCCUCGUCUUCGCGAAAUUAGGAAAAAGAUCGAUAAUGGUGCCUGUAGCGCGCAGGAAAUUGAGGAGACUGCCAACGAAAUGCUCCCUGAAAUCGCUGAGCUAGCGUCUGAUUAUCUGGGUAACACCGUUGUUCAGAAACUAUUCGAGUUCUGCUCCGAGCCAGCGAAGGAGCAAAUGUUGGCACCGAUAGCACCUCACCUUGCAGAAAUCGGUGUGCAUAAGAACGGUACAUGGGCUGCACAGAAAAUCAUCGACGUAUCCAAGGUGCCUGCUCAGAAACAAGCGAUUGUUGAGAGCCUGAGGCCUUAUACUGUUCCACUGUUCCUUGAUCAGUAUGGAAACUACGUUUUGCAAUGUUGCUUGCGCUUCGGUCCACCAUUCAACGACUUUAUAUUCGAGACCAUGCUUAGCCGUAUGUGGGAGAUUUCGCAGGGACGGUUCGGUGCCAGAGCGAUGAGGGCUUGUUUGGAGAGUCACCAUGCCUCAAAGGAUCAGCAGAGGAUGCUUGCUUCCGCGAUUGCGUUACAUAGCGUUCAGUUGGCAACAAAUGCCAAUGGUGCACUACUCCUAACAUGGUUCCUCGACACAUGCACAUUCCCUAAUCGCCGCACCGUACUUGCUCCACGACUAGUGCCACACCUUGUGGCGCUCUGCACGCAUAAAGUCGCGUACUUGACGGUUCUAAAGAUCGUGAACCAGAGAAAUGAGCCCGAGGCCAGAGAAAUCAUCCUAAAGGCACUCUUCUUCAGCCCAGGCGAUGAGACGCUGGAAAGCAUUCUCAAAGACCAGUCUUCCGGUGCCACCUUGAUCUUUAAAGUCCUCACCACUCCAUUCUUCGAGGAGGCAAUGCGUGCUGACGUGGUCAAGACUGUCGCCAAGGUGCUCACUAAGCUAAAAACUACCCCCAGCCAGGGAUACAAGCGCCUCAUGGACGAGGUUGGUCUGUCUUCUCGAAGUGGAACAUCUCGAGACGCGCACCACGGUCGUGAACACGGCGCCACGCAUGAUAGAGAAAAACACCAGCGUCAACCAGGCCAGCAACGCCAGGAGGGGAAUAAUUUCCCAACCCAACCACACCAGGCGGACCGCCAGUACAAUGGCCAAAUGGGUGCCCACAACAUGAACAUGCAACCAUCUCUCAACUCUCCUCCAAACAUGUCACGAUCAAUCUCCUCCGAACAAGCCCUCCCGCCAUACGAUCCAUACGCGUUUGGUCCAAUGAGCACUCUCAGUGGCCUCCCAAUGACAAACCCUGCCCUUGCCCAAGAUCUACCACCACUCAACCCGCAACAGUACCAAUACCAGGCUUUCCUCGCUGCCCAAUCCCGUGGCAUGCCCUCUACCGGUUUCUUCCCACCCGGUCCUCCUGGAAACGGCAUGAACAUGAACAUGAACGGCUUCCCCGUCACCACAGCCUCAACGAUGGAUAAUUUCCGCUCCAUGCAACCAUCCAUGGCAGGCCCCGGCGGCGCUCCGCUACCAAUGGGUGGUAGCUCUCUAGUUCAGCCACAAGCUUAUGGAAACCAACAAUUUAGCCCUGUCAUGAGUACGGGACAAUUGUAUAAUUAUCCUCAACAGUUCUACCAGCCAGGUCCAGGAACACAGGGUGCUCCACCCUCUGGUCGACGUGGUCGUGUAAGCUCCCCCAGCCACUACUAA